AUGCUGGUCUGCGGCGACGCGGCGCCUUUAAGCGCGGGGCCGGCCGGGCGCGCACCGCCCCGGCAGCUCUCGCCGGCGGCGGCAGGAGGGGGCGGUGGCGGCGGCGGCUGCUGGGUAGGGGGGAGCGGCGGCGGCGCCGGGGCUCCGGCAGCGCGGCGCGGGGGGGUCGCGGCAGGGGGCGGCCCCGGGGGGGGCCCCCCCGGUGAGCGGUGCCGGGGCUGCGGCCGCGUGCACCAUCCGGGGUCAAGGCGCGAGCGGGGUGCCGGAGGGCGGGGGGUUGAGCCCAGGGGUACCGGAGGGCGGCGGAGUGGCCCCAGGGGUGCAGGAGGAGGGGGGCUUCACCCAGGGCGUGCAGGAGGCGGGGCUGGGGGAGCUGCCCCGCGGCCAGGAGCUGGUGGCCGCGGGCGGCGGGGGGCCGGGGCGCGGCGGGGGCCAGGGCCGGUGGCACUGGGUGCCGCUGGGGGAGCGGACGGGCUUGCAGGAGUGGGGCGAGCGGCCCGCGCUGGUCACCGCAGCCGGCGGCGGCCCCAAGCCGGGCGCGGAGCCGCGGCGGCCCCGGGAGCGGGGGACGGCCCGGGCGCGGCGGCGGGCGCGGGGCGCGGAGGAAGCGGCGGCGGGGGAAGACGGGGGCAGCCCCGGGGCGCAGCCGCCGCGGAGAGCGCGGUGCGCGGUGCGGGGCGUGCAAGAGCACGGCCCCAAAGCCGGGCAGGAGCAGGGCCUGAGCCGGCGGGCGCAACAGGAGCGGGGCGGGGGGCGGCGGGAGGCGAGCCCCCCAGGCCGGGCCCGCUGGUGGGUGCGGCGGGGCCGGCAGGAGGAAGGGGAGGCCAGGGGCGGGGUGCAGGAGGAGGGCGAGUUCUACUCGGGGGAGCAGGAGCACCCCGGCGGUACCCCCGCCACACGGAACCCCGCACACCGCCCGAGCCGCAGGCGGGCCGCCCGGCUGUGAGGCCGGACCCGGCACCCGCUGCUGGCCGCCACGCGGGGGAUACCCCCGGAGACCGGGCUGCUGCCGGCGUCGAUCUGCGUACCACGGCCCGACCGGCGGGCGGGCGCAUCCUGCCUGACAUGUGGGCUGCCCGGAGAGCGGCCGUGCCGGUCCUCUGCCUGCGGUGACGCUGUGGACCCGGCGCAGGAUGCGGUGGCAGUGGCGGUGAGCACAGAGGACAGAGCAGGCAGUGGGGUCUGGAGUGAGUGGGUGCUCGGUGCCCUUGAACCCUCCCAAACCGCAGCGGAAGCUGGGGGAAGGUUUUUUUUUUUUCCUGGAGAAAAGGCGGCUUUGCUCUACCCCGGGCUCGUGGGAGCUCCAGCGCUGAACAGAGGAUCCUUGUCCUCCCGAGCCGGCCCUGCGCACUGGGGUGUUGUGUGGCUGCUGGAACCCGAAGCAGCGAUGAGGUGCAGGGAGCCUCUACCCACUGGCUUGGUGGGCUACACCGUGUCUGUGUCCAGCCACACUAGCAGGUUUUUCUCUACACACUCGGGACCCUUUGGGUACUUUUGUUCUUUGUUGGUUUCGCAUUUUUUAAUAAAGCCUUUAAGUUAAACCGGGUAA